CUCCAGAAACACGCGAAUGCGCCUGCGCGCGUUGCCCUCGCUUUCCGCUCCGUCUCGGCGCCGCCUCCAGCACUUUGGUUCCUGCCAGUUGAUGGUCGUCGAUAGUCUGACCUGUCAUCUUGCGCGUGUGCACUCCAGGCUCUCCACUAUGCCCGUGGGCGUGUCCUGGCCCGCCUACUUGAAAAUGCUCUCCUCCAGCCUCCUGGCCAUGUGCGCAGGGGCCCAGGUGGUGCACUGGUACUACCGGCCUGACCUGACAAUACCUGAGAUUCCACCAAAGCCUGGAGAACUCAAAACGGAGCUUUUGGGGCUGAAAGAGAGAAACCAUGAACCCCAGGUUUCACAGCAGUAGAAACUUCAAAAUACAACUGUGCCAAGAAUUCUGUGAAUAACGUCUGAAAUAUGUAUUUUUAAAUUUAUUGAGUAAAGCUACUUCUUAAAACACAUACUCCAAAGGCAGAAAUGCUGGCUGACGAGGGCUGA